AGAUAAAAGUAUAGAGGUAAUCGGUUGAAUGUAUGUUUAUGUAAAGACAAGAAUACAAGAUGACCUUGCAAUGCCUAGCCAUGAGGCAAAAAGUUAAAAACUUCCUUCCUUAAAAGGUCCACUUUAACAGGUACCACUUGUCAGGAUUUUUACUUACCGAUCAGAACGAUGUAGGUUACACCAGUCACUAUGGAUUCCUUCAUCCGAACGAUUCUCACUCACGUACUGUGUGGGUUGCAUCUUACUCUUGUCUCAAUCUGAACAAUUAAAAGAAAAAACAACCACAAUUAUUAAACGUGAUAAUUAAAAGAAAAAGUGUUCGAAACUCUGGCUCAGCAGCGCCGGGACUCGGUCCUGUGCCACCGCCUCCACCACCUCCUCCAAUAGGUGGUCCAAUACCAACUCUAAGAAUCAACACUUCCGAGUCAUGCGGACCUAGAAGACCGCAAGUAGCAUCCGAUCCAUAUGAGCCGCCAGCCGCUAUUCAAAACGCAAUGAUGACCAAGGACAAGAAGCCCUUCACUUACACUCCCGGAAUGGGGGGGAAAUUGGACCUCUCGCAAAUAAGAAGUCCACGAAUGGCACGUAGAGUGGCGAAAAAUGCCAAUGAUGAAGGUAUCGAGGGUCCUCCAAAGUCUGCUCUUGAACCCAAAGCACCACUUCCACCAGGAGCAGCUAAUCUCUACAUACAACCACAAGUUGCUGUUCCAGUCUUCCCAUCAACCAUCCCAUCGCCACCAGCAGCCAACAGACCUCCAAAUGUGCAAAUUAAUCGAGUACCACCUCCUGCGCCAGAAAGACAUUCAUCAGCUCCAGAACAACCACGAGUAAAAGUCGAAACUAAAAUGACCCCUAUUAUCAUAAAUAAUUCACAACCAAAUUCACCAGAAACGCCAACGUCACCUACCUCACCCACUCAAGUGCAACUGUCAAAAGCCCCAACACCAUGGCUUCAAAACAAAACCAAAUCACAGGACGAAUUACCCGAAUGGGCCAGGCGAUCCAAUGUCACCAAAUCACAGGAAACUUCACCCGAAAGUCCCAUAUCACCCCCAGUCUACAUUCAAGUUCAUCAGGCACCACCGUUUCAACCAAAACAACAACAACUUCAAAAUCGACAAACUCCACAACAACAGUUCCAAUCAAAAACACUACCUCAACAGCAUGUUAGUCAGCCACUAAGUAGUACUGUACCUCUUCGGAUUGAGGAUAGACCCUCGGUAUUUUCCGUGAAACAAGAACCAGGACAUCAUCAAUUUCAAAACACGCAGCCUCAUCAUCAAUCGCGUUGGUAUCAACAACCACAAAAUCAGCCCCAACCAGUUAGACAGGAUCCUCAACAAUCUGGAGGCUAUAUCAUACCGAUAAUGGUGGAAGGUAGUAAUGGAACAAAUGGUCAAUCAGCGCCGACUCCGCAAUUGUACUCUCAACCUCAAGUUAGAAUCGUUCCGAUUGACAAUCAGAAUUCUAAAAUGAAUACUCAACGUGGACCAGCGGCAGUUGCUCAGGAACCUGGACCCAUACAAUCGAAAUCAUUUCGAGUUCUUCAAAAGAUCACAAGUACCGACGCGGACGAUGUUGAUGGGGAUCAAUUACGGAAAUUACAAUUGACCGAAGACGAGAAAGUCCUCAUGAAUAAAUUCAAGGAACAAGUCGAUGGCGACGUUUAUCUUCAUCAGGAGGCUGAUCCCAGAUAUCGUGGUUCGGCAAUACCAUCACGUGCUUUUCGCUAUUUACAAAAUAUGACUGAUUCGGGAGACGUUACAACCGCCGCAGCCCCAAGAGCCGUUAAUUCAGCACUUAAGAAACAAAAUAGAAACUCAAAAUCUUUUGAGGAAGUGCAAGUGAAUUUACCAGCAAGCGAACAAACUGUACCGGAACCAAAAAAAUACACAGGAAGUGCAAUUCCAUCGAGAUCGUUUAGGAUACUCCAAGCAAUGACCACCCCAGAGGCUAUUGCCACGCAAGAAAAUUGGCAAGCUGAUUUCAUCAGUGAAACUGAGAAUAACAUACCGGGUAAUCAGCAGGCUAUCUUUUAUCCCCCAUGUCCUAAUAAUUUUUCAUGCUCCGACGGUGGUUGGUGGACUUAUCAUCCCAUAGCACCCAGUAUUCCAAAUACCAAUCCAAAUAAUCAACCCUACACUUUUUAUACUGACGAAGAUGGUAAUAGUUACAUUUGUUAUCCUCUUUGCAAACCAAAUUUUCCAGCGUCAUUCCAGCAGAAUGUUCACGAAUCAGAGAUGCAAUUUUCAUUACCAGAAAAGUCACCAAAUGAGAAAAUUCAGGAUUUGAAAACCGUGGAUGAUAAACUUUACUCAAACGAUUUUCUCGAGGCUGAAUCUCAAGAGACGAGAAUAAUCGUCACACCAUGCACAGACGAUGACACCGAUUCGGAUUCAGAAUCCCUAAACUCCUCCAAAGAAAAGACUAGAUCUUCGAGUUCUUCCGAUGAUUCGGAAUCGUUUUUAGCCUACUCAACGGGUCUUAAUCCAGAGUCCCAUUUUCAAAAGUCUUUAUCCGCAACUACCGUCUCGGGAGAUCAGUCUUUGCUAUCCGAUAAAUUGGAUUCCGACUCUGAGGAUCAGGACGAGGAAUGUCCAAUGUAUGAAGACAACGAAAAAACGUUUUAUGAAGAAAAGUGCGAAGUAGAUCAACAUGUUCCACAUCGUUUAAGCGUCAUUGUAGAGGAUUCCCCAAAAACGAAUACAGAGACAGAAGAAUUUCCCGAUGAUGAUAAUGCCAACACCGUUAGCGUCAGUCUACCACUGAGAUUUCGAUUCUCCGUGUCGGAGAAUAAUCAAGACGUGACUACUCUAAUUGUCGGCGACAGUACAAUACAACAAACGGAAAAAAUUUCUCCCAAAGAUGAUGAAGUUCACGUCGAUUUCACACUCCGUCGAAAGAAGCAAUCGACACCCGAUAAGGAUCUACCUCACGGACUACCUAAAAUUGAAAAUAUCGAAACGGAAUUUACAGUCAAUGAAACGCGAACGGAUGUUAUGGAACAAUUACAAACCGAUGAAUCGGAAUAUAAUUCUCAAAUGUUCUACGAAUCUAGGGUCUCGGAUGUUGUCUACGACUUGGCAACCAGUGGUUCAACUUCUGAUAAUUACCAUUCAUCAUUAGAAGUUUAUAGUUUAUCACAAAUUUCUGAUUUGCCAUCGAAACAAAUUGAACAAGAAAACGAAAAGACCCACCCGCCAGAGAAUGACGAUCUGGAUCAGGAUCCUGACGAAAACUGCAGCAGAAGCAAAUCGAAAAAUUUACUAAGUGUACAGAAUUCAAGGGAGGAAACUGACGACGAAGACAGUGGUGUCACAUCCGACAUGAGUCGAAUUAUCUCCGAAGUUGAUACAGAUUCGGAAUGUUGUACAGUUACUACAAGGAAGCAAAGCAAGUACCAAAGGACCCAAACCCAUUCGAGGCUAUUCCGACUCUUGACCAACGAUUCAAAUAGCCACCAAGAAGAUCGACCCGAACACCUAAAUCUCCACAUACAAUCAACUACUCACGACGAUCAUUAUUCUUCCAAUUUCUCCAGUGGAAUGACAUCGCCGGAAUAUUCCCCCGUCUAUGAACCUGAUAAAUCAACACAGGACUGCUACUACCAAACGUGGAAAUCUACAAAAUCUGACAACGAUCCCGAUAUACUGCCAUCGAUGGCACACAAAGUUCUCGACAGUCAAAAACCCCAUUGGACAUACAAGGUGAAUGUUCUCUGUCCCAGAAUUCGAAGUUCAAAAAACGUUCCCAACGAUUUGAAAUCAACAAUAAGUGAUUGUUGUAUGAAUCCAUUGACAUUAUCCUUUCCCAAUGAUAAUCCAUUGAGAAAUAGCCAAUGCUGAUUAACCCCAGGGUAGUUUGAGACCGAGCAUCCGGUCAACACGGAAGUGCACGACGAAUUUUGUCUUUAAUCCGCAAGACUGGGCCACGAUGCCCGGGGAAGGUACAAGGCGAGAUACGUGAUUUUUUUCUAUCGGUCCCGAUACUACUGAUUACUGAAGAAAAUAACGGGCAUCUUUCAAGAAAAUUUGAUAAUAUUAAAUAAUGUGCUUUUUGUUUGAUUUUCAUUUCUAUAUUUUCUUACGCAAAAAAAAAAAAUAAUUAUAAAUUGGAAUUGUGGCCAUAAAUUGUAAUUACUGUUUUACUAUUAUUAUUAUUACUAUAAUUACUGUUACUACAAUUAUUUUUAUUAUUAUUAUUAUUAUUAUUAUUAUUAUUAUAUUAUUAUUAUUAUUAUAUAAUUUUGCUUCGAAAAAAAAUGCACUAGCCUAAAGUACAUAUAAUUAUCGGCUCUAUUAUCUGUAAUUCUGUAUACAGAUUCGCUUAAUACAUUUUUAUAUAAAUAA